AUGGAAGAAAGUUAUGAAGGAACAGAGACCAGCAAAAUCCGUAACAUAUGCAUCCUUGCCCACGUGGACCACGGCAAGACCACCCUCGCCGACCACCUCAUCGCUGCUGCAGGUGGCGCCCUCCUCCAUCCAAAACUCGCCGGAAGAGUCCGCUUCAUGGACUACCUCGACGAGGAGCAGCGCCGCGCCAUCACCAUGAAGUCCUCCUCCAUCUGCCUCCGUUACGGCGACCACUCCAUCAACCUCAUCGACUCCCCCGGCCACAUGGACUUCUGCAGCGAGGUUUCCACCGCCGCCCGCCUCAGCGACGGCGCACUCCUCCUCGUCGACGCCGUCGAAGGCGUCCACAUCCAAACCCACGCCGUCCUCCGCCAGUGCUGGAUCGAGCGCCUCUCCCCUUGCCUCGUCCUCAACAAGAUCGACCGCCUCAUCACGGAGCUUAAACUCACGCCGUCCGAGGCCUACGUCCACUUAUUGCGCAUCGUUCAAGAAGUUAACGGCAUUGUUAGCGCAUUCCGUUCCGAGAAGUACCUAUCUGACGUGGAUUCCCUUCUUGCCACGUCAGGUAUGAACCCUAACGAGAUUGAGAAUGAGGAAGCAGAUGAUGAAGCUGACGAGUUUCAACCGCAGAAAGGGAAUGUGAUAUUCGCUUGCGCUUUAGACGGUUGGGGAUUCGGAAUCAAUAAAUUCGCUGAGAUUUAUGCUUCCAAGCUUGGUGCUAGUGUAAAUGCGUUGUUGAAGGCUCUAUGGGGACCUUGGCAUUUUAAUCCGAAGACGAAGAUGAUUGCUAAGAAGAAAGUUGGUGGUGGUGGAGACAGUGGUAAGGGUAAUGCGAAACCGAUGUUUGUUCAGUUUGUGUUGGAACCACUGUGGCAGGUUUAUGAGGGUGCGCUUAAGGGUGGUGAUGAGGGUAAGGGUGUGGUUGAGAAGGUUGUUAGGUCCUUUAAUUUGUCGGUGCCGGCGAGGGAGCUUCAGAAUAAGGAUCCCAAGGCUGUGCUUCAGGCGGUUAUCAGCAGGUGGCUGCCGCUCACGGAUGCUGUGUUGUCGAUGGUGGUUAGGUGCAUGCCGGACCCUGCUGCAGCACAGACAUACCGGAUAUCGCGAUUGAUGCCGAAGGUUGAGGUGGUUAGUGAGGUUGGAGUUGAUAGGAGUGUUUUGGAGGAAACAGAGCGUGUGAGGAAGUCUGUGGAGGUUUGUGAUUUGAGGGAGGAUGCUCCUUGUGUUGCUUUUGUGUCCAAGAUGUUUGCGGUGCCGUUUAAAAUGCUUCCUCCCCUGAGAGGGGAGAAUGGGAAUAGUUAUGGUGGCGAAGGAGAAAGCGAGUCGGACGAGUGUUUCUUGGCAUUUGCUAGGAUAUUUAGUGGGGUUUUGCAUGCUGGUCAGAGAGUUUUCGUUCUCUCUGCUUUGUAUGAUCCAUUGAAAAGGGAAUCAAUGCAGAAACAUGUGCAGGAAGCUGAAUUGCAGACCUUGUAUUUGAUGAUAGGCCAGGGAUUGAAAGUAGUGACAUCUGCCAAAGCAGGAAAUGUUGUUGCCAUUCGGGGCCUCGGCCAGCAUAUCCUGAAAUCCGCUACUCUCAGUUCUAGCAUGAAUUGUUGGCCGUUUUCAAGUCUCGCAUUCCAAGUUGCCCCGACCCUAAGAGUUGCAAUUGAGCCGUCUGAUCCAGCGGAUGUGGGUGCACUGCUGAAAGGAUUGAGGCUUUUGAAUCGAGCAGAUCCGUUUGUCGAGGUUACUGUUUCUGCAAGAGGAGAACAUGUGCUCUCUGCAGCCGGGGAGGUUCACCUGGAGAGAUGCAUAAAGGAUUUGAAGGAGAGGUUUGCAAAAGUAAGUUUGGAAGUAUCACCGCCUCUUGUGUCCUACAAAGAGACCAUUCAGGGAGAGGCAUCCAAGAUGCUGGAAAGUUUAAAAGCUUUUACUAAGAGCGCAGAUUAUGUUGAGAAAACAACAUCAAAUGGUAGAUGUGUUGUCCGUGUGCGUGUGAUAAAACUUUUGCCUUCUCUUACAAAGGUGCUUGAUGAAAGUCCUGAUUUAGUUGGUGAUGUUAUUGGAAUUAAGUCAGCACAGACGAUAAAAACAUUGGAUUGCCAGAGACCAAAUGUUACUGAGAAUGAUAAUCUGGCUGAAGUUCUAAGAAAACGCAUUGUAAAUGCAGUGGAGAGUGAUGUGUUGAGCUGGAAUGAGAUUGACAAUGAUCAUGCUGAGAGAUGUAAAUUGGAGUGGCUAAAACUUUUGAGGAGGAUAUGGGCUCUAGGACCUAGACAGAUUGGUCCGAACAUUCUCUUAACUCCUAAUAUUAAAGCAGAGGGUACCGAUAACUCUGUUCUAGUACGGGGUUGUUCUCAUGUGUCUGAUAAGUUGGGCUUUGUACCCGAUUCUAGUGAUGGAAAUUCAGUUGCUGAGACAUCUUCAAAUGCAAGUCAAGCUUUGUACAAAGAAGCCGAGCGCCUUGAGAGUAGUGUCGUAUCCGGGUUCGAACUGGCCACUGCCGCCGGACCCUUAUGUGAUGAACCUAUGUGGGGUUUGGCAUUUCUUGUUGAGGCGUGGAUAUCUGAAGAAGAGCCAGACUCUGAAUUUGUUUGGUUUGCUUUACCAAAGUUGGGUUUCGAGAAAGAGACUGUGGGAUGA